AGCGUUCCUUUUUUUGUCUCGCCUGAUCCAUGCUGACAGAAACUCCUGGCUGCGGUUGCUUUCGAAUAACUGUGCUGCCUGGUGCAGCCAUGUUCAGCACAGAGUCCUCACUCAGCAUGUUUCUCAACACUUUGACCCCCAAGUUUUACGUGGCUUUGACAGGGACCUCAUCGUUAAUAUCCGGCCUCAUCUUGAUAUUUGAGUGGUGGUACUUCAGGAAGUACGGGACCUCCUUCAUUGAGCAAGUGUCAGUGAGCCACUUGCGCCCUCUGCUGGGCGGUGUGGACAACAGCUCUCCCAGCAGCUCCGGUGCCAGUAACGGAGACACAGACUCCAAUCGACAAAAUGUGUCGGAAUGUAAAGUGUGGAGAAAUCCACUGAACCUGUUCCGAGGAGCAGAGUAUAACAGGUAUACGUGGGUUACGGGCCGAGAACCCCUCACCUACUACGACAUGAACCUCUCCGCGCAGGACCACCAAACCUUCUUCACCUGCGACUCAGACCGCCUGCGGCCUGCCGAUGCCAUAAUGCAGAAAGCCUGGAGGGAGAGGAACCCACAGGCCCGAGUCUCCGCUGCACACGAGACCCUGGAGCUCGAAGAGUGUGCCACAGCCUACAUCCUGCUGGCGGAGGAGGAGGCCACCACCAUCGCGGAGGCUGAGAAACUCUUCAAACAGGCGCUGAGAGCCGGGGAGAGCUGCUACAGACACAGCCAGCAGCUGCAGCACCACGGAGCGCAGUACGAAGCACAGCACAGAAGGGACACAAAUGUAGUGGUUUACACUAAGAGAAGACUGGCCAUGUGCUCCAGGAAGCUGGGCAGAACCCGGGAGGCGGUCAAAAUGAUGAGAGAUUUAAUGAAGGAGUUCCCUCUCCUCAGUAUGUUCAAUAUCCACGAGAACCUGCUGGAGGCGCUGUUGGAUCUGCAGGCCUAUGCUGACGUUCAGGCGGUGCUGGCCAAGUACGACGAUAUCAGUUUACCCAAAUCUGCAACCAUAUGCUACACUGCGGCCCUUCUGAAAGCCAGGGGUGUGUCAGACAGGUUCUCUCCGGAGGCGGCGUCUCGGCGGGGCCUCAGUACGGCGGAGAUGAACGCGGUAGAGGCCAUUCAUCGAGCGGUGGAGUUCAACCCACACGUCCCCAAAUACCUGUUAGAGAUGAAGAGUCUGAUCCUGCCCCCGGAGCACAUCCUGAAGAGGGGCGACAGCGAGGCGGUGGCUUACGCCUUCUUCCACCUGCAGCACUGGAAGAGGGUGGAGGGAGCACUCAACCUGCUGCACUGCACCUGGGAGGGCACUUUCAGGAUGAUUCCCUAUCCUCUGGAGAAAGGCCACCUCUUCUACCCAUACCCCAUAUGCACAGAGACAGCGGACAGAGAGCUGCUACCCACAGUGUUCCACGAGGUGUCGGUGUACCCUAAGAAGGAGCUGCCCUUCUUCAUCCUCUUCACCGCCGGCCUCUGCUCCUUCACCGCCAUGCUGGCCCUCCUCACACACCAGUUCCCUGAGCUCAUGGGCGUCUUUGCUAAAGCGUUCCUCAGUACGCUGUUUGCGCCACUGAACUUCGUCAUGGAGAAGGUGGAGAGCAUCCUGCCAUCCAGCCUCUGGCACCAGCUCACACGCAUCUAGCACCAGAAAGGACUGCUGACGCUUUAACUCCAAGUUCCUGGACUGUUAUGGACUACAAAACAUGGCAUGAUGGGAGAAAGGGAAAAGGGAAAACAAGUUCGACUAUUUCUUCUCAUGUGAACGUUGAGGGGUUGUACGGAAAAAAGAUGGCGAUCACUUGGCUUCAUACAGAAAAGCUGGAAAUGGACAGUGAAAAUAAAGACAUUUGUG